GAGGUGACCGUGCGGUACGACCUGGACCGCCUGAGCGAGCUGGGCACCCUUGGGCACGGCGCGUUCGGCUCCGUGCGGCUAGUGAGGGACGCCGCGACCGGCCAGGUCAUGGCGCUGAAGUCGGUAUCCAAGGGCAUGGUGGUGGAGGCGGGCCUCCAGGAGGCCGUCAGGGCCGAGAAGGAGGUCAUGCAGGCCACCGACAGCCCCUUCCUGGUGAAGCUGGCCGCGUGCUUCGACAGGGACCAGGAGUUGUUCUUCUUGCUGGAGCCGGCAACAGGCGGCGACCUCUACACGAUUUACCGCUGGAGAAACUUCUUCGGGUUCGAGGACCACGCCCGCUUCUACAUGGCCUGCAUGGCGUGUGCCUUUGCGCACCUGCACGGCCGCGGGAUCUUGUACCGCGACCUCAAGAUGGAGAACGUGGUGUUGGACUCCCGGGGCUACGCGAAGCUCUGCGACUUCGGGACCUCCACCUUUGCCGACCGGGCUUUCACCAUGUGCGGCACCCCAGAGUACAUGGCGCCAGAGGUCUUCUCCGGGAGCGGCCACGGGCCUGCGGCGGACUGGUGGACCCUCGGGGUGAUGUGCUUCGAGAUGAUGACGGCGCGAACCCCCUUCGUCGACGACGAGCCGAUACAUCCGGCGGAUCUUCCACAAGGCCAGGGAGGGCAUCGACAGCGUGGAGAUGCCGGAGAGCACCCCCUGGGCCUCGCUGGUCAGGGGCCUCUGCCAGCCAGACCCCUCCCGGAGGCUGCCGAUGCUCCCUGGCGGCCUGCGGCGGCUCCAGUCCCAGGAGUCGCUACUGCCACUUCAGCUACCACUGGCAGGCCGGGCGAGGACGGCAGGAUCAUCGACUACGCGCCGGUGGCCACCAACCUGGCCACCAAGGUCGGCGCGCCCGAGGUGGAUGGGGCUGCCCACGCUUCACCCCGCAGCCCAGUUGUGCACCCGUUACGCAUACGGCUCCCCUGGGGCGCUCCGACUGCCUGGGGGGGGGCACGGUUGUGCGAGACCAGAAGUUUUACCAAGGAGUGGUGGGCCGCGGCUGGCUUCGACUGGAGCUCCCUGGAGGCGCAGAAGAUGGCCCCGCCCCACGUGCCGACGCUCAGAGGCCCCGAUGACCUCCACAACUUCAACUGCGAGGGCCAGGAGCAGCCGUCGAGGCUGACCUUCCACGACCGCGGCGAGGGCUGGUUCGACGGCUUCGAAGACGCGGUCGGCCCGGUUCUGCGGCACGACUGCGACCAUGCCGCAGCGCCUCCAGAGCCGCACACCAUCGCGCUCGACGCGUGAUCAGCUGAGCGCGGGCGCCGCGCUGCUGUGUUCGCCGGGCGCCGGGCGCUGCCACGGGCGCGCCCGAGCGGGCGAGCCCCUCGGAGCGAGACUCGACGAACAGAGAACGGUUCUUGGUCCUCUAGAGAGAUGGGGAUGGCGAUGGCGAUAGGCCAGAGCCACGAUUUAUCAGGGCAGGGAAGGCGGUCAUGAAUAACUCCUGAUUUGGGACUCUCGCUUUCGCUCCUUAAUUGCCCCGGGUUAUUCACGACUCGAGUUCACCGCGAUCACAGUCUGCCC